AUGACGUUUCUAUGCGAUGGGAGGAUUCAAAGUUUUUUUGAAGCGAAUGGAAGGAGAAACCAUAGAUCUUUUGUUGUUUUACUAGGAGAACAUGCAAAGUCUCAGCUUCGAACCAUCCAUAGGAUAUUGCAGAGGAAUACGAACGGCGCUGUAGAAACUGUAAUUUGGUGCCACAAGAAUGAUGUGACAAGAAAGGCUGGACGGAAAUCCUAUGGCAAAAGACAGAAGAAUGAAGUGGAAAAAGAGGAGUCUGAGGAUGAUCUAGCACUCUUCAUAAGAGGUAAUGAGAUAGAAUUUAUUGAAUAUAAAGAAAGUGAGAGGAUUCUGGGUAGAACUGUCGAUAUGCUGAUACUACAAGACUUUGAAGCUCUAUCUCCUAAUUUAAUAGCAACAAGUAUGGAAACGGUGAGAGGAGGAGGAGCUAUAAUAUUACUUUUGGAUAGUACCCAUUCUAUAGAAACUCUUGUAUCCCGUAAGUCCGACAUUCAUGAGAAAAUCGGAGAGUUCGAGCCAAGAUACAACAAAAGGCUGUUCAAAUCAUUAUUGAAUUCGAAUUUCGCAUUGUUCUUAGAUGACCAGCUUAAUAUACUGGAUAAUAUAAGCAAGUUGGAUAUCCAGGGCCCCAAGGUUGAUGGAAAGAGAAUGACGGCUGAAGCUCCAGAUGAUUCAAAUGCUGAGGGUUUGAAAAGUUUAGGAAGGACUAAGGACCAAAUAUACAUAAUCGAAGAAGUUUUUAAAGCCUUGGAGGCACGAGAAAGCAGAACAAUUUUCUCUAUCACUGCAUCAAGGGGAAGAGGAAAGUCUGCUGCACUAGGAAUAUCAAUAGCUCAGGCAGUGAAUCUUGGGCUUCUUUCCGUAUACAUUGCAUCUCCAGCAAUAGAGAAUGUCAAGACAGUAUUUCUGUUUCUUAUUGCUGGGCUUGAAAGAUUGGGAUAUAAAAGGUAUGUCGACUUCAAAAUUAUAUAUCAAUUUAGAGGAAAUAAGAGAUUUAUGCAGAAGAUCGAGUUCAUUGGCGGAAGAAAGCAGAUCAUAGAAUACUUCAAUCCUAUGAAUGAGCUUAAGUACUAUCCAGACCUUAUCGUGAUUGACGAGGCUGCAGCAAUUCCUCUUACGUAUAUUACUGGACUGAUAUUUCCAAACUUCGUUAUAAUGGCUACAACGAUAAAUGGAUACGAAGGGACAGGAAGGGCGUUUUCUGUCAAGUUGUCUGAGACACUUAGGAAGAGUAGUGCUGAAACGAAUUCCUUUGUAUACAAAGAGAUGGCAAUGAAGGAGUCUAUCAGGUAUGGCCAAAAUGAUCCUGUGGAGAACUGGUUAUAUAAGGUACUGCUGUUGGAUACAACUGUUCCAAAGAUUCAAGGAUGCCCAAUCCCAGCAGAGUGUAAGCUUUUUUACGUAGACAAGAGUGUUCUCUUUUCAGGAAAACCUCCUGCAGAGAAAUUCUUGAAUGGAAUGUUCUCGUUGUUUAUUUCUUCCCACUACAGAAAUAGUCCUAAUGAUCUUCAGAUAUUAGCAGAUUCCCCGAGGCAUGAGAUACUCGCUCUUGUUACCCCCGUAGAAGAUAACGGAAAGGACAUACCAAAAGUCAUUUGUUCUCUCCAAAUUUCGUUUGAAGGUAAAUGUGCAAGAACAGAACAUUUGAGAGAAGGGAAUCUAAUCCCUUGGGUUGUAUCUGAAGAACACCUGGACCCAUCGUUUCUUGACACAUAUGGAAUCAGGAUAGUUAGGAUAGCUGUUCACCCUGAAUAUGUUGGCAUGGGAUAUGGAACAAUGUCCUUGAAUCUACUGAUCAACCAUCUUUCUAGCCAUAGUAAAGAUAUUUAUCUAAUGAAGAAGAAAAAUGAGGGGGAAAAUGUUCUUUUACAUAGAAUAGAUGACAUCCUGAUUCCUCAGGUGGGAUGGAUCGGGGCUUCAUUUGGAAUAACGGAGUCUUUGUGUAGAUUCUGGGAGAAGAGCAAGUUUAUUCCCGUGGGGAUAAAACAAACGGUUACACAAGAAACAGGAGAGCAUUCUGGGAUUUUCAUUAGAUCUCUAAAUCACGAUGAAGAUGAUAGAAUACGUGGGUACAAUCAAAAUUUCAUGGCAAGAUUUGUUGGACAACUUUCAAACAGCUUCCAAAAGCUUGGACCAUCUCUGUCUUUAUCUCUUCUAAAUAAUUCCAUUGUGGGAAGAGGGCGGGCAACAUACUUCUCAUCUGAUGAUAUUUCUAGGAUAAGAAUGGCAGCUGCAGGGAAGAUAGAUUUGAAUCUUGUAACAGAUAUUAUUCCAGAUAUAUCUAGGAUGUACUUCUAUGGAAAACUCAAUCAGGAUCUGUCGGUUCUUAGGAAGUCGGUUUUGUUGAUGGUAGGAUGCCAGAACAAAAGCAUUGAUGCGGUUGCAGAGCUUCUUACUCUAAAACCGUUUCAAAUUAAUAAUAUCCUGACUAAAGUGUUGUCAAUUCUCCUCGAAGACAUUGAAAGAAAUUAUAUAAUGAAUUAA